GCGGCAGUGUCCGGAGCCGGGCUCAGGGGCAGCCGUGGCCGCCGCGGAGCAAGGCUGCCUGGAGAGAGCGCCCGGGCGCAGAGGGGUUAACGGGCCGCCGGGGCCGAGCAGAGCAGGAUCAUAAAGGGGUGGGCCCGUCUUCACCCAUCCAUUCUCACUCUGAGAUGUCCUUCUGAGGAGUCAUCCCUCCCAACCCCCAGCUUUCUGGAGACUGGACCAGGCUUCGGUCCCUGCAGAGCGCAUCCCCCACCCCACGCCCAGAUGCCGGAGUAGAGUUGACUUCCGGUCCCCUCCUCCCUGGCCCCGGGGGCCAUCAAGGGAGGAGAGAUGGAGAAGUGGGCGGGCAGGCCCCGGAUGUGUCUGAUGCUGCUUCUGUUCCUCCCUCAGCUCUGCCUGGAUCAGGAGGUGUUGUCUGGGCACUCUCUUCAGACACCUCCCGAGGAGAACCAGGGCCCUGAGGGUGUCUGGGGUCCUUGGGACCAGUGGGCCUCUUGCUCCCAGCCCUGCGGGGUUGGGGUGCAGCGCAGGAGCCGGGCGUGUCAGCUCCCUACAGCUCAACUCCACCAGGGCCUGCCCCUCCCACCCCGGCCCCCAAGACAUCCAGAAGCCCUGCUCCCCCGGGGUCAAGGCACCAGACCUCAUACUUCCCGAGAAACCCUUCCCCUGUACAGGCCACCACCUCGGGGAAGAGGUGGCCCCCUUCGAGGUCCUGCUUCUCAUUUAGGGAGAGAGGAGGCCCAGGAGAUUCAAGGAGCCAGGAGGUCCCGGGUUCGAGACCCCAUCAAGCCAGGAAUGUUUGGUUAUGGGAGAGUGCCCUUUGCUUUGCCGCUCCAUCGGAAACGCAGGCACCCCAGGAGACCACCCAGCUCUGAGCUCUCGCAGACCUCAGAUCUUCCAUCCCUGACUCCAAGAACAGAGCCAUCUUCUGCAAACCACACCCCGCAAACUGAACUCCCUCCUACUGAACCGUCUGCCCACACCCCGUCCCCCCCAGGAGAACCCCCAAGCCCCGAAGCUGCUCAGACAGAGGUGCCCUCUAGAACCAGGCCUGCCCUCACAUGGCCCCACCCCAGAGCCCAGGCCUCUGGCACAGAGCCCUCCUUGUUCCCUCCAUCCCCAGGAGAAGGUAGCUCCUUUCACAUGUCCCCUCAGCCAAGAAGGCCAAGUUCCCAGGGUUGGGCCGGUCCCCGGCUGGCAGAGAGACACCCUAAUCCUUUCCUUUCUGUCCCUCGGAGCCGAGGCCAGCAGAGCCAGGAGCACUGGAGACCUGGGGGGAAUCUUCACGGGUCCCUCACGGAGUCUGCCCCUCACUACCCAGAUGGCUGGUUGCCUCUGCUGAGUGCUGGCCCCCAUUCCAGCCCCCUCUGGAGCCUCUUUGCUCCCAGUAGCCCUGUCCCAAGAUGUUCUGGGGAGAGUGAGCAGCUGAGAGCCUGCAGCCAAGCGCCCUGCCCCCCUGAGCAGCCAGACCCCCGGGCCCUGCAGUGUGCAGCCUUUGACUCCCAGGAGUUCAUGGGUCAGCUGUACCAGUGGGAGCCCUUCACAGAAGUUCAGGGUUCCCAGCGCUGUGAACUGAACUGCCGUCCCCGUGGCUUCCGCUUCUAUGUCCGUCACACCGAAAAGGUCCAGGACGGGACCCUGUGUCAGCCUGGAGCCCCAGACAUCUGUGUGGCCGGACGCUGUCUGAGCCCUGGCUGUGAUGGGAUCCUCGGCUCGGGCAGGCGUCCAGAUGGCUGUGGAGUCUGUGGGGGUGAUGAUUCUACCUGUCGCCUCAUCUCGGGGAACCUCACUGACCGGGGGGGCCCUCUGGGCUAUCAGAAAAUCCUGUUGAUUCCUGCUGGAGCCUCCCGGCUCUGGAUCGCCCAGCUCCGGCCCAGCUCCAACUACCUUGCACUUCGUGGCCCUGGGGGCCGGUCCAUCAUUAAUGGAAACUGGGCUGUGGAUCCCCCUGGGUCCUACGCUGCCGGCGGGACUGUCUUCCGGUACAGCCGUCCUCCUCGAGAGGAGGGCGUGGGGGAGAGUCUGUCUGCGGAAGGCCCCACGACCCAGCCUGUGGAUGUCUAUAUGAUAUUUCAGGAGGAAAACCCAGGUGUUUUCUACCAGUAUGUCAUCUCUUCACCUCCCCCCAACCUUGAGAACCCCACCCCAGAGCCCCGGCUCCCCCAACUCCAGCCUGAGGUUUUGAGGGGAGAGCCCCCACCUGCUUCAGUACCCCGCCCUGCCCGCACCCCAGGCACCCUCCAGCGUCAGGUGCGGAUCCCCCAGAUGCCUGCCCCGCCCCAUCCCAGGACACCCCUGGGGUCUCCAGCCGGAUACUGGAAACGGGUGGGACACUCUGAGUGCUCGGCAUCCUGUGGAAAAGGUGUCUGGCGCCCUGUCUUCCUCUGCAUUUCUCGUGAGUCAGGAGAGGAACUGGAUGAACGCAGCUGUGCCGUGGGCACCAGGCCCCCGGCCUCCCAGGAACCCUGCCACGGCCCCCCGUGCCCACCGUACUGGGAGGCCGGCGAGUGGACGUCCUGCAGCCGCUCCUGUGGCCCCGGCACCCAGCACCGUCAGCUGCGCUGCCGGCAGGAGUUUGGGGGCGGCGGCUCGUCGGUGCCCCUGGAGCGCUGCGGACAUCUGCCCCGGCCCAACAUCACCCAGCCAUGCCAGCUGCGCCUCUGCGGCCGCUGGGAGGUCCGCUCCCCCUGGAGCCAGUGCUCUGUGCGGUGCGGGCGCGGCCAGAGGAGCCGACAGGUCCGCUGCGUCGGCAGCAACGGUGAUGAAGUGAGCGAGCAGGAGUGCGUCUCAGGCCCCCCGCGGCCCCCCAGCAGAGAGGCCUGUGACAUGGGGCCCUGCACCACAGCCUGGUUCCACAGCGACUGGAGCUCCAAGUGCUCAGCUGAGUGUGGGACGGGAAUCCAGCGACGUUCUGUCAUCUGCCUCGGGAGUGGGGAGACCCAUGGGGAGGGCCGGGAGGAAGCAGGGGCAGGAGCCACUGAGCAGACCUGUGCUCCAGGAAGCCGCCCCCCUGACAUGCGUGCCUGCAGCUUGGGGCCCUGUGAGGUGACGUGGUGCUGGUACACGGGGCCCUGGGCAGAGUGCUCCUCAGAAUGUGGCUCUGGCACGCAGCGUAGAGACAUCAUCUGUGUGUCCAAACUGGGGACUGAGUUCAAUGUGACUUCUCCUAGCAACUGUUCCCACCUGCCCAGGCCCCCUGCCCUGCAGCCCUGUCAGGGGCAGGACUGCCAAGACCGAUGGUUUUCUACACCCUGGAGUCCGUGUUCUCGCUCCUGCCAGGGGGGCAUGCAGACAAGGGAGGUCCAGUGCCUGACUGCCAACCAGACCCUCAGCAUCCGAUGUCCUCCUCACCUGCGGCCCUCCAGGAAACGAUCCUGUAACAGCCAACCCUGCAGCCAACGCCCCGACCUGACCCCAACUAUCAAACUUUGAAGUGAGAGAAAGAGGCAAAGAAGCAGGUCUGCCAAUGCCAGCUCCUACACCAGGAUCCAGUGAUGGCUAUGAUCCUUAAGUUGUGUGUGUUCAGGGCUACCACUUUAACAAGACAGAGGAAACGGCCAAUACAGUCUAUCUUCUUUACUUCCCAAAUAAACAGUCCACCCAGCUGUAUUUAUACCAAAUUCAGACUUCUACGACCAAAGAGACAUCUUUUUUUUCCUACCAGUGUUUUCCAAUACUUUUAUAUAAGGCCCUAAAUGGAAGAAACUGAAGAGAUACUACCUUCACUGGCCAUGUAUGGUGAAGGGGAAGGAAGGCAGGGAGGGAAGAUGAAAUGAGAAGAAAAAAGAUUAUCUACACAUCUCCCCCUUCUCCUACCCCCCCACCAGAGGUUCCUUCUCAGCUCCAUGCUUUUGUGCAUGUUUCCUACUCAUGUUAAGGUCCAACCUCAAAUGUUUAUUUUGAAGCCUUCUUGACCACCUUCUACUUCCAGAAGUUGUCCCACCCCUUGUCCUAUAAUAUCUUUAUUAUAGUAUUUUGUGUACUGUAUCCUAAUUAUUUUUGUCUGUUAUCACUCCUAUUAGACUGUGAGCUUUAACUUUGUGCUACAAUUGCUUUCUUUCCAUGGAUUUGUUAUGCUUAAAUUCUUCAGAUGUAUUUCCUAAAAACGAGGACAUUUUCUUAUAUAACCACAAUAUAAUUAACACACUCAAGAAAUUUAACAUUGAUACAGUACUAACAUAUUGCCCAUAUUAAAAUUUUCCCAAUUGUUCCCAAGUCCUUUAUAGCUUUUUUCAUCCAGGAUCCAAUCAAAGAUCACCCUGCAUUUAGUCGUCAUGUUUCUUUGAGUGUUCCCUGGUUGUUGUUUUUUUCCAUUCUAUACAUAAAAGCUUACAUCUGCUAACCCCAA